AUGGAUUUCAAUAACCGAAGAAGCUGUGGGAAGGAGUUGUUCUGUUACGUGCACAUUGGUGGACAUUUUGAAGCAAAUGGUGAAGGGAUAGUUAAAUAUAUUGGAGGGAGUGUAAGGGUAACCAGUAUAAAAGAAUGGAUAACAGUAGACGAGUUGUGUGGAAUAAUUUCACAGUGGAUAGGCAAUGAUGGUGGUGGAUAUGAGAUUAAGUAUAAAGUUAAAUUUGAUGAGAGAGGGAAAGGGAAUGAUAGGGAACGUAGAGCAAGGAAUGAUCCAGACGUGAGUGAGAAUUUAUUUGGACUUUCACAAGAUAUGAAUACAUUUGAAACGACCAUUGGUGAUGAACAUGAGCCAGUGAAUGUUGAGAAUGGAGUUGAAUGCCUAACUUUUGAAGGAGGCGGAUCAAGUCAGAGAAGCAAGUGUAGUGGUUCAGAGAGUCAGGGAAGACUGACGGGCGAGAUGAAUUGUACGAAAUGGGCAGGAGUGUUUGUAGGAGUGGGCCAAUAUGUUCCACAUGCUGUUGCUUUUAGGGAAGCUGUGUACAGGUUCAGUAUUGCAGAGAAGUUUGCAGCAAGAUAUAUCAGGAAUAGUAAGGAGAAGAUGAAUGUGAGGUGUAAAGUAGAAGGGUGUCCUUGGAAGAUAUGUGCAAAUGCUGUUGGAAAGAACAGUCAUCUAUUACGUGUGACUACAUUUUGCAAUAAGCACAUUCAUUCAGCCCAAGACAAUUUGAUUGUGACUUAUGGUGGGAGUGCUGCGUUGACAUCAUCAGUAAUAGUUGAAGAGAUAAGGGACCAUGCUGAAAAACGGCCCACUGAGAUAAGGAAGAUGUUGGAGAGGGAGUAUGGUGUGAGGCUUACAUAUUGUCAGGCAUAUAGAGCAAAGGAAAAGGCAAUGGAAGAAAUACAUGGGAAACCGGAACAGUCCUAUAUGUUAAUACCAUGGUUAUGUGAAAGGUUGAAGGAAACUGAUGACAAAACGGUUGCUGAAUGGGCCUCCAUUGGUAAUAGAUUUGAGCGUGUGUUCAUUGCAUACGGUGCAUGUGUUGAGGGUUUUUUGAACGGUGCAAGGCCUAUAUUAUAUGUUGAUGGUACUCAUUUAAGUGGUCCAUAUAAGGGGACAUUACUGUCAGCUUCGGCAUAUGAUGCGGAUAAUGAGAUGUUGCCGUUUGCAAUAGCAGUGGUGAAGGGAGAGAAUCUUGAUGACUGGACGUGGUUUUUUCACAAGAUUAAACAAAUUGUUGGUUCAAUGCAACUGACUAUUGUGUCAGAUAGACAUAAUUCUAUAAUUGGUGCUGUGCAAGCAAUAUUUGGGGGUGAAAGAGGUCGGAGAAGGACAAGUGAAAAUUCAAAGGAAGAUGCAUUAAAGGUACUGGAUAAAGUGGCUUAUGCAAGACUUGCGGAUGAGUUUGAUCAUGCGCUGGAUGAUCUCAGAACCAUGUCUCAUGAGUUAUAUGAGUGGGUUAUCAAUCAAGGUGAUGUGGAUAGGUGGGCAUUGAGCAAGUUCCCAUAUAGAAGGUGGGACAACAUAACAACUAAUUUAGCUGAAUCUUUUAAUGCUUGGAUGGUAAGGGAGAGGAAGCAUAACGUGGCCCAAAUGAUCCAUGAGCACCGGGAGAAAGUAGCAAGAAAGAUGCAUGCAUCAUAUGCAGCAAUGACUAAGUGGAGUAAUUGCGUUGGGCCAAAAAUAGAGGCAAAAGUAUUGGAGCAUGUGUAUUUCGGUAGGUACAUGCACUGUGAGAAUUAUGGAGGGGGAAGAAUAUGCGUGCACACAUCACGUGGAGACCAAAGAGUGGACCUUGGCCUACACAAAUGUAGCUGUGGAACUUGGCAAAUGUUAGGGAUUCCAUGCUCACAUGCUUGUGCAGCCAUUAAGACCAUAGGGGGAAACGUUUAUGAUUAUGUUGAAGAGUGUUACAAACGUUCAUCCCAAGAAAAAAUCUAUGCCCGGAGCAUGGUUCCAGUGGUGACAAUUGAUAUGCCUCACCUGAAUGACUAUACGUUUGAGAAUCUUACUGCUCAACCCUUGCUUUUACCCCCAGAUGUUAGUAGAUGUGCACAUAUAUUUUUUGUUACUUCUAUGUUUGGGACAAAGGGACAUUAA